CUCAAAAAUAGGAAAACCAAGGCUCAGCAGAAAACAAAGAGGAUGUGAAACCGUGAUUGAAGAUCUCUCAGUGCUGGCAGCGUAGAGAGAGUUGAGGCAUUUUCUGUCAUCUUCUACUCUGAUGAAGAGGCCAGCCCUCUUGCUGCUCCAGAUGUAGAGGACGAUAUGCACCCUGAAUAACAACUGGAUAAAUCCAAUCUGUGGGCUAGAUCAAAAUGACUCCACCUACAGAAAUUGAAGAUUACCUGCCAAUGUCAGUGGCAAAGAUUUUCAUCUGUCUGAUCCUGAGUUUUUCCUUUGUCCUUGGAAUCCCUGGAAAUUCUUUGGUCAUCUGGACCAUUUGUGGACGAAUGAAGAGGAAGCCUCCAACCGUUGUGCUCAUCCUACAACUGGCCGUGGCUGAUCUCCUGAUUCUUCUGACCCUGCCAAUCUGGAUCUAUUCUUUUGCCAACCAGUGGCCCUUUGGGAUCGGCGCCUGCAAAGGUCUGGUGUUUGUCAUUUACUGUAGCUUGUAUGCCAGCGUCUUCUUCAUCAUGUGUCUCAGUCUUGAGCGGUUCCUGGCUGUCGUUCAUCCCUUUGCUCUUCAGCGAUGGAAGAAGACGAUGGUCAUCCACCUGGUGGUGGUCAUGAUCUGGUUCUUCUCCAUCGUCCUUGGAUCAGCUAUCAUCCCAUUUCAGACCAUCAAUGACACCAUAGGGGACCUGCAGUGUGCCACUCGUGAGUAUGCAACUGAAGCUCAAGCUGUUAUCCACCUCUUGUCUGAGACCAUUUUGGGCUUCGUAGUUCCCUUCACCGUCAUCUGCACCUGCUACAUCUACGUGGGCAAAAGAAUUGGGGCCAUGGCUUGUCCAUCCAAGCGACGCUCCACCAAGUUGAUUACAUCCGUGGUAGUGAUUUUUUGUCUGUGUUGGUUCCCCCACCACUUUUUCAACCUCGUGACAGUCAUCUCAGUUCUGCUGCAGGACUCAAAUUCAGAGACCGCUCAAACCUUGGAGAAGAUUUCAGAGGCAGGAGUGUGGAUUGCGGGCGCAGUUAUUUUUAUUAGCAGUUGCAUCAACCCGCUCCUCUAUGCUUUUGCUGCUAGGAACAUUCAAAGCAGUGCCAGGUUUACAAAGUUGUCCAAACUCUUCGAACAAGUGGCCCCUUCGGAGAGGCAGGAGCCCAACCUGGAAACAACUUCUCCAGAUGAAAAAGAGGAAAGUUUGACAAGCACAGAGAUUGUCUAGUGCCAACGCCAGGAAAAGUGUCCUCAGCCUAUAGCAAGGACUUUCCCUAAAAUUUAGACACCAUUCUUGGCUUUUGAUGAGUUUUUAAUCAACCAUCUAAAUCCUACUCAGAUUUGUUAAUAUGAAAACUGCCACAUUUCUCUUGAUUUUUUUUUCUAGACUGGGUUCUAUAUUUGUGUGCUACUUGGGUGUAGAAUUCUGUGCAGUUUUGCACAGUACACAGCUCCAAAUAUCUGUUAGGUUUUAGAUCUUCAGAAAGGAGGGACGGAACCAUGCACUCCAAAAGUGAUGGGUGUCACAACUGUAUGAAGCCAUUUGUGAAUGUAACGUAAUGCAAUUAAAUGCACUCUGGCUUUGUCACUCCACUCUUGGACUGUGAUCCUGCUUAGACAAAUAAAAAUAGGAUCGUCUUUAAAGAUUCUUUUUCUAAGGAGGAUCUGUGGUACAUUAUUGAUUAUGGCUCUUAACAAUAUCCAGAUAGUUUCUCCAGCCCAGUAUUUCCUGCUAUUGGUUCAACUUCACAAGUGCUGGAGAAAUCAAAAACUUUGCUCAAUAUUCUACGAUUUGUUGAUAUUUUUGUAUUGGUUCUAAUGAAGGUAAUUGGUCAACUGGUAAUUGGUCAAAAACAUCUCUUAUCUGCUUUUUGUACAAAAGGAGUUUAUUGAUUAAUGAGGUUUGAGCUAAUUAGAUGUUUUGGCAUAUAUUUUGGCAUGAUAAAUAAAAUAUGAGUUUGGGGGCUGAGUCCCACAAGGUGUAACAGCAUAAUGUUUUUCUAGGGAAAAUUUCCUUUGCCAAUGAACUAUCUGAUUUAUUGUAUAAUUAUCGGAUGUAUUAUAAUUAUUUUUAAAUUUAAAUUUAAACCUCCAGAUUACACCCUUUCCCCUCACUCAUGCAAAUUACUGGGCAAUCUUUUAUGAAAGGAGUGAAAACUAUCACAACCAGGAAAACAUGGACAGCUUAGUCUCAUCUGAUUCAAAUAUGGUUUACCCCCAUGAGGCUGAUAGAAGGCGUGCUUGAUUUUUAGGAAACUCCAAUGAAUUUCCUAGAAUCACGUUCAGGAUCUUCUCAAAUUGUUCAAUAAAGUGAGCUUUAUUGAUGCACAGAGCGUCAAGUGAACAGUUGAAAUUCCCCUCCAGAGUUGCAUAACUUUUCAUCCAUUAGAGGAACAGAAAACUCACAGCUUGAUGGAUCAAACAUCCCUUAGUUUGUGGUAGUGCUGCUAUAAAUGCUUUGUCCAUGGCUACUAGUUUUGGAAUUUCAGUAGAUGUUUACCAGUUUUCUUGCAUGUUGGAUUUUACUGGAAAUUCUUUCAUCUCAUAGUUUUAUUUGGGUAGUGAUUUGUUUGGUUUGGAUUGGUGUGUGUAUGUGUGUGUAGGAUCUGCUUUUGUAAUUUAGUACACUGGCAUUUUUUUCUUUUUGUAAACUUCUGAAGAUUGUGACCAUCAGAUUGUGACUUUAUUAAAAUUUAAUAAAUAAACCAUUAUUUCCUUUAAA